ACGUGACCAAUAAAUCUCCACAUUAGGGUUUCGAGCUCUAGCUCUUCCCAACUGAAAGCGAAGCAGCCGCUCGACGGAGAAUACCGGCAUUCUCAGCAGCUCGAUUCGGAACUCUAGCCAUGUCACUCGUAGCAAAUGAGGAUUUCCAGCACAUUCUGCGUGUGCAGAACACCAACGUGGACGGAAAGCAGAAGAUCAUGUUUGCCUUGACCUCUAUCAAGGGUAUCGGCCGCCGUUUCGCUAAUAUCGUCUGUAAGAAGGCCGACAUCGACAUGAAUAAGAGGGCUGGUGAACUUUCUGCAGCUGAGAUUGAUAGCUUGAUGGUAAUUGUUGCAAACCCCCGACAGUUCAAGAUCCCAGAUUGGUUUCUGAACAGGAAGAAGGAUUACAAGGAUGGAAAGUUUUCUCAAGUGACAUCUAAUGCUUUGGAUAUGAAGCUUAGGGAUGACCUCGAGCGUUUGAAGAAAAUCAGGAAUCACCGUGGUCUUCGUCACUACUGGGGUCUUCGCGUGCGUGGGCAGCACACCAAGACCACUGGUCGUAGGGGAAAGACUGUUGGUGUCUCCAAGAAGCGAUGAGCAUCAUCAUCAUUCUAUAUCAUUAUCAUUGAUAAUUUUGUUCGGUCUUAGGCUUAAGGUAUCACAUUUAGUGGGUUUGAUAAUCCCUGGUGUUUUCGAUUUGGGUAUUCGAUUACUCUUGCUCUUUUCUCAUUUUUCUAUUUUGUUGAGAUUUACUGUCAAGUUUGAUCCAAUUUGUUUGGGAAGGAAUGAGUAGGUUUUUGCACCCGUA